AUGGCCCCGUCAGCCACACUCGACAGUGCCUACAGCACAUCCAACGGAGUGCACGAGGAUUCGAGAGCUUCUUCAAACGGAUACACUAAUGGACAUACAAACGGACACAGCAAUGGCUUCACCAACGGUUCAGCACAUGCCAACGGCAACUCCCACCCGAAUGGCCACGAUGCUCAACCUUUCGGACAGACAAAUGGCCGCCGGGUUGGUCAGCCCAAUGGCUUCGCCAAUGGACACACCAAUGGUGUAAACGGCAGCCACACUCCAUCACCCAAAGAAAAGGCAGAGCCUAUCGCCAUAGUGGGCAUGUCUUGCCGGUUACCAGGCAGUGUAGCAAGCCCAGCAGAGUUCUGGGAGCUUUGUGCCCGGGCUCGAAGUGGUUACUCUGAAAUACCUAAGGAACGAUUCAACACUGCUAGUUUCUACCACCCUAAUCCUGGCAAGGCCGGAUCUCACAACCCUGUGGGCGGCCAUUUUCUCAACACCGACCUCACGGCAUUCGACGCCCCCUUCUUCAGUUUGACCGAGAAAGAGGCGAUCUCCCUAGACCCGCAGCAACGCUUGCUUCUAGAGUGCACUUUCGAGGCGCUCGAGAAUGCCGGCAUCCCCAAACACACAAUCAUUGGCAAGGACGUCGGAGUUUUCGUGGGCGGAUCAUUCCCAGAAUACGAGUCAAACCUCUUCAGAGACACGGACACGAUUCCCAUGCAUCAAGCUACAGGUUGCGCGUACGCUAUGCAAUCCAACAGAAUAUCACAUUUCUUCGACCUGCGGGGUCCUAGUUUUACUACGGACACGGCUUGCUCCUCAAGUUUGGUCGCACUGCAUGUUGCUUGCCAGAGCUUACGCACCGGUGAAUCAAACAUGGCUAUCGUCGGUGGCUGCCACUUGAACAUGCUCCCCGAAUUUUGGAUUUCUUUCUCUAAAUCACGCCUGUUUUCGGAUUCCGGUCGAUCUUUUUCCUUUGACAAUAGAGGUACAGGUUUUGGCCGCGGAGAAGGAUGUGGUAUGGUAAUUCUCAAGCCUCUUUCCCAGGCCCGCAGGGAUAACGACCAAAUUCGGGCGAUCAUUGUCGGAAGUGGCAUCAACCAGGAUGGAAAAACGCCUGGUAUCACAAUGCCGUCGGGCGAGGCGCAAGAAAUAUUAAUGCGUCAGGUAUAUACCAAUGCCGGUCUUAACCCCUCGGAUUGUGGCUUUGUGGAAGCACAUGGUACGGGAACACGCGUGGGAGACCCGAUUGAAGCCACUGCAAUUCGCAACGUAUUGGGUAAUGGCCGAACGCCAAGAGAUCCCCUUUACAUUGGUUCGGUUAAGUCGAAUAUCGGUCAUCUUGAGGGCGCCUCCGGAAUCAUCGCAGUUAUUAAGUCCGCUCUCAUGUUAGAUCGAGGCUUUAUUCUACCCAACCACGACUUCAAGUACCCGAAUGAGAAAAUUCCGUGGAAGGAAUGGAACCUAAAGGUACCGGUUAACCAACGCCCGUGGCCCCGUAACAAGAAGUACAUCAGCGUUAACAACUUUGGCUUUGGCGGUACCAAUGCCCAUGUUGUUCUCGAGAAGGUUCCUUUCACUCAACGAGGACCUAAGAACGAUGCCGACCUUAAGAAUGAUAAUCCGGGACGAAAGUUGUUCGCCAUCACUGCAAAUGAUAAGAACGCAUUGGAGGCCGUCUUGAAGGGCCUCGUUAUCUAUUUGGAACAGAGGCCUGAGAUGUUCCAAAAAGAUUUGAUGGCGGAUGUAGCUUACACCCUCGGCCAACGACGAUCUCAUCUUCAAUGGAGGGUUGCCGUUCCUGCACUCAGAUCAUUUGACUUGAUUGAAGCCAUCAACGGUCAGCGACUACAGCCUGGAAAGGAAGUAGACCCGCUGAGGAUUGGUUUCAUCUUCACUGGCCAAGGUGCUCAAUGGUAUGGUAUGGGACGUGAGCUCUACGAUCAGUACCCUGUCUUCUCCCAGGCUAUUGACUAUGCCGAUGAAUGCUUAAAGGCUUUGGGUGCAUCUUGGUCGUUAGUUGAGGAGUUGAGCAAGGAUGAGAAGACUUCAGCUGUCGGCGCUGCCCACAUCAGUCAACCUUCGUGCACAGCCAUUCAAUUAGCACUAGUUGAUCUCAUGCGAUCAUGGGGUAUAAAACCAACUGCCGUCGCCGGCCACUCCAGUGGAGAAAUUGGUGCCGCAUACGCUGCUGGCAUCCUGACCUUCGAGUCUUGUGUCUCUAUCGCCUACCAUCGAGGUCGUCUCAUCCCUGUUCUAAAGGAGAAAUACCCCGACCUUAAGGGCUCCAUGAUGGCUGUCGGAGGCAGCAAAGAGGAGUUCGAGCCACUACUGGCAGAACUCAAGGAAGGAGAAGUUAAGAUCGCUUGCUAUAACAGUCCCAGCAGUCUUACCAUCUCUGGUGACGAGGCUGGCAUCGAUGAGUUGAAGAAGCUCGUCGAGGAGAAACAGUUGUUCAACAGGAAACUGUUUGUGGACACUGCUUACCACUCUCACCACAUGAACCUCCUUGCCAAGGAGUACCAGGCCUCGAUUGACUCACUCGAGGGUCCUAUCUCAACCGACGUCAGAUUCCACUCCUCACUUCUUGGCAAGCGCAUCGACGGUACCGAGCUUGAAUCAUCAUACUGGGUUCAGAACCUCACAUGCCCUGUCCGAUUUAACGAGGCAGUUCAGACUAUGCUUCAGCCCAUUGAUGACCACCGAACUGGUGUUAACAUGCUUCUUGAGCUUGGUCCCCACUCCGCCCUCCAAGGACCUAUUAAGCAAAUUCUUAAGGAAGUUGGCGGCGAUGCGGCUAAGAUCCCGUACGCAUCUGCCCUCGCCCGUAAGAAGGAUGCCGUCGAGACCGCCUUAGAUGUCGCUGCCACCCUAUUCGCUAAGGGUGCACCAAUCGACUUCAAGGCCGUCAACUUCCCCAAGGAAGGCAAAGCACCAAUGGUCCUGAGCGAUAUACCCCGAUACCCCUGGAACUAUUCGUCUAAGUACUGGCAUGAAUCUCGCAUGACCCAACUGCACAAGAACAGGACAGCACCACGUAAUGAUAUUCUCGGUACUCUUGCCAAUUACUCCAAUGACUUAGAGCCUACAUGGAGAAACAUCGUCCGCUUGGACGACCUUCCUUGGCUUACGCACCACAAGGUCCAAUCCCUCACCAUCUUCCCCAUGUCUGGAUACGUAUCAAUGGCUGUUGAGGCUGCUUCUCAGCGAGCUAUCACUACCAACACGAACUUCGACAAGUUCGAGCUUCGCGAUGUUUCCGUCAUUGCUCCUCUAGUUAUCCCUGACGAAGAUGUGGAGAUGACGACAAGCCUUCGCCCACACCAAGAGGGCACGCUAGUCUCCUCCGAAGUAUGGGACGAAUUCCGCAUCUGCUCGUGGACCAAGAGCAAGGGCUGGAAAGAGCACUGCAAGGGUUUAAUUGCCGUCACUGCUCAUGAGUCCAACGGUGUUGACGAUGCCAGACAAAGCCUAGCUUCGCGGAUCCACCUGCAAUCGACGAUUGCUGAGAUCAACGCUGCUGCGACUUCGCCUAUUGCCAUGGAGAAGCUUUACGAUGACCUCUCUGAGGUUGGCGUCUCCUACGGUCCUACCUUCCAGGGAGUCAGCAAUUGCCAGGCCUCUAACACCUGCUCGCAAGCUGAUCUACUUGUUCCCGAUAUCUCUAAGGAGAUGCCCAACCAUUAUGUUACCGACACCGUCAUUCAACCUUCUUUCCUCGAAUCCCUCAUUUCUAUGUACUGGCCCAUUGCCAGCUCCGGAAAGGAAUCCCCGGACACUAUCUACCUACCUUCUUCGGUGACAAGCAUCUCUAUAUCCAGGGACAUUGUCGAACUCAGUAAGAACCCUGGAAAGGCAUUCCGAGCUUACUGCCUGGGCUCCCUCCCGGCCGACAGCCCGAGACCUACUAAGCUGAGCAUGUUUGCGACAUCAGAGGCGAACAUUUCUGAGCCCCUCAUCAAACUUGAUGACUUAACUGUCGCUCCAAUUCUAGACCGUGACGCCCAGGGUGACCAAGAUUCCCACCGUGAGCUCUGCUAUAAGCUCGAUUGGGAGCCCAUCCUUGACCCGGUCAAUGUAGAAUCUGACAGCGCCUCAUCGGAAUGGGUACCUGUCGGUGACCUCGAACUUCCCGACACAGACAUUGAAAUUGUGUACGGAGAGGGUAGCCUGCAAACUCAGGUCGCCUUCAGCCUAGCUGAGGCCCUACAGCGCAUCACUGGCAAGCUGCCUAACACUAGCUCCCUUUUUGAGGCGCAAGCUCAAGAUAAGUUGCUUAUCUUCCUGUCUGAAAUUGACAAACCACUCUUGUCUCACUUGAAGGCAGAUGAGUUUGAGGCCUUGCAGAAGAUGCUCACAACAGUACAAGGUGCUCUGUGGGUUGUCCGCGGCGCAUAUGACCAGUCCACAUCCCCAGACCUCAACAUGAUCCUUGGUGUUAGCCGUACCAUCCGCUCCGAGACCUUACUACCUUUCUCCACCUUAGACUUGGACGGUCGCAACCAGCUCUCUAAUGAGCAAAUCUCUGAGGCGGUCCUCAAGGUAUUCACCUCUGUAUUCGGCAAGAGCAGCGCCUUGAACGGCGAGCUUGAGUUCAUGGAGAGAGACGGCAAGUUCCUCACCCCACGCAUCAUCAACGACCCCGAGAUGAACGAAAUCGUUCACCGGGAGACCAAGCCCUCAGCCCUUCAGCCCACGCCAUUCGGCGAGACUGACCGACACCUUAAGAUGGCCAUCACAGAUGCUGGUGCCCUUGACACACUGCACUUCAUCGAUGACUUAGUCGCUGAAGCCCCUCUUAACGGAGAGGACAUCGAGAUCAAGGUCCACGCCAUCGGUGUUAACCACAGGGAUCUCACAGCCGCUCAUGGUAAACUUGCAUCGCAUGACUUCGGUGUAGAAGCCAGUGGUGUCGUUACUGCCAUUGGCAAGGACGUCAAGAACAUCGGGGUUGGGGACCGGGUUGCUGCUAUUACCAAGGCUGCAUUUGCCACAGCAACUCGCACAAAGGCCACCUUCGCCUUCAAGCUCCCGCGUGACAUGCAGUUCGAAGAAGGUGUUACUCUUCCCCUAGCCUAUGCUACUGCAUACUACUCGCUUGUUGAACUUGGUCGUCUUAGCGAAGAGGAGACCGUGCUCAUCCACGCCGCCGCUGGUGCAGUAGGUCAAGCUGCUAUCUCCCUCGCUCAGAUGAUCGGAGCAAAGGUAUUUGCGACCGUAGGCAGCACUGAGAAGAAGGAGUUCCUCAUCAAGGAGUAUGGUCUCUCUGAGGACCGCAUUUUCUACAGCCGGAACCUAUCCUUCGGUAAUGCUGUGCGCCAGGCCACCAACAAUCUUGGCGUUGAUGUUGUACUUAACUGCCUCACUGGAGACGGUCUUCGAGAAAGCUGGAGCUCCCUUAACAAGUUCGGUCGCUUGAUCGACAUUGGCGCACGAGACACCAACACCAGCACACGUCUCGAGAUGACCCAAUUUGAGCACAACGCCAGUUUCAUGACCGUGGAUAUCAUGGCCAUCGCCGCCGAGCGACCUAAGCUUCUGCAAAGGCUGCUCUCCGACGUUGCUAAGCUAAUGCGGUAUGGCAAGAUCCGCCCGAUCUCGCCCGUCACCGUGUUCCCCAUAUCCGAGGUGGAGUCCGCAUUCAAGACGCUGCACGGUGCCAAGGCCCACGGAAAACUGGUUGUGAUACCACACGCGCACGACGUUGUUAAGGCCACACCUCCCCGUAAGCCGGCUCAAUUGCUCAAGUCCGAUGCCACGUAUAUCCUUAUUGGUGGUACAGGUGGUCUUGGCCGAAGCAUGUCUCGGUGGAUGGUAAGCCGAGGGGCACGCCACCUGGUUCUAGUUUCCCGAAGCGGUAGUGCAACGGGUAAGGUCCAGGAACUGAUUGAAGAGGCUUCUGCUGUUGGUGCUGAGAUUGUUGUCCGCCGCGCUGACGUUGCCAACGCUUCCUCUGUUGAGGAAUUGAUUAGGCAUGGUCUAGAGGGUCUACCCCCUGUCAGGGGUGUGAUCCACGGUGCUAUGGUUCUUCGCGAUGUCUUGUUUGAGAAGAUGACCUACGAGCAGUACACCACUGUCAUCGAGUCCAAGGUACAGGGUGCCUGGAACUUCCACAACUCCCUUACCGGCGCCCCUCUUGACUUCUUCGUCGCCAUCUCAUCCGUCGCCGGUGCUGUCGGUAACAGAGGCCAAGCUGCCUAUGCAGCCGCCAACUGUUUCCUCAAUGCCUUUGUUCAGUACCGUCUCGCACAAGGUCUUCCUGCCUCCUCCUUGGACUUGACUGCCAUUUCUGAUUCUGGAUACCUCGCCGAGGAUCUUGAGAAGGCCGCCGAGGUCGCCAAGAACUUGGGUAGUGACACCAUCUGUGAAGCUGAAGUACUUGCCCUUCUCGGCACUGCUAUCAGCGGGCGCCUCGCCACUGUGUGCAACAACCACACCAUCACGGGUAUGCGCAUCACACCAACCAUGCAACCCUUCUGGAGCUCCGAUGCCAAGAGCAAGCAUCUCCGUGAAGCUAUGGAGGCUGCUGCUGCCGCAGAUGCCGCAACCAAUGGCAGCGCUAAGGCCAUCUCCUACAACGCUGCCGUCAAGGCGGCUAAGACCCUCGAGGAGGCCGAGGCUGUUGUCUGCGACGGUCUUGUUCACAAGUUGGCCGCCGUCAUGAUGAUGGAGCUCGAAGACCUUGAUGUGACACGCUCACUAUCACACUACCCUCUGGACUCUCUCGUUGCCAUCGAGAUCCGUAACUUCAUCACCCGUGAGUUCGAAGCCACACUCCAAGUACUUGAGCUUCUAUCCAGCGGUUCCAUCCAGACCCUAUCCAAGGCAGUCUGCGUCAAGAGCAAGUUAGUCAACUUUUAA